AUGGUCAGCGCACCGGAGACCGGCGAGCCCAUGGGUGACCCCACCAUGGAGCUCGUCAAGGCCCUGCUGGUCGCCGCCUACCCGCAGAACCUGGCCCUGCGGAGGCGCAUCAACAUGGCCAAGCACAACACUGCCACGGGCCUGGAUGCCAUCAUUACGCCCCAAAGCGUGAACGCGCCCCCGAAGGCCAAGGCAAGCACGGCCGGGGCUCCGACGGGUGGCGACAGGCGGGAGCCGAGCUGGUGGUCCUACGGCUCGAUGCAGAUCUCGAACCGCCAGGGCUUCUUGCGGGCCACCACGCUCAUCGAUCCCUACCACGUCGCGCUCUUCGGCGGCCUCCAUCAUGAGCAGGACCAGCACGGGGCCUUGCGGGAGGUGGACGGCUGGAUCGAGCUGAGAGGCCAGCGGUCCACUCUGCGGGUGCUCGCGCGGCUGCGGGACGCCAUGUCCCGCUGCAUCCACCUGAAGGCCCUGGAGCCGGGCCGGGGCCUGCCGGAGGGGCAGAGGACGGUGCUGCGAGAGCUGGCGACGCUGCUGAAGGCGGCGGCGCCGCGGCAGGCCAGGAUCGCUUCCCUGCUGCCCGAGGCGCCGACGGCGGAGGUGGAGAAGCCGCCCCCGCCCUCGGAGAGGCCGAAGGGCGCCAGGGAGAAGGGCGGCCGCGAGAAGGGCGGCGGCAAGGCCCGCGGCAAGGGCGACACCAGUUGGUCCCAGGACGGUGGCGCGGGCGGCUGGGACAGCUGGCAAGGCGGCUCUUCGGGCAGCCGCGGCGGCGCCGCCGGCUCCGACAAGGGGCGCGGCCGCUCCAAGGGAGGCCGAGGCGGCUGGGACGCCUCGGGCUGGGACGGCUGGGGCUCCGCCGGCGGCUGGGACGCGGGCGGCGGCUGGGACUCGUCGGGCGGCUGGGGCGCCGAGGCGCCGCCCCCCGGGGUCGGCCUUCGCUGCUCCUCGGGAAGGGGCGGCAAGGAGCGGCUCGCGCCGUUCCGCCGGCUCGGCGGUGCCGCCGCGGUGGCGGCAGGCAGCGGCGACGGCCGCCUCGAGAAGGCCGGCGUCGCAGAGGCCGCGGCCGACAUGGGCGACCUGGCAGCGGGCGGCGCGGUCGACGAGAUGGUCGCCAACUGCGCGGCUCGGGGCUCCGACCAGCGGGCCAUGGACCCGCGCCCUCUCUGGAAGGCGUUGUUCCACGACCUCAUCGCGAAGCCGCAUAGCAUCCUCGGUGCUUUCAGGUGGCGCCGCGAGACGUUCCCCGCGACCGAGCCGUCGAUCAACGACUUCGCGAAUUUUGCGAAGGUGACCACCUUCAAUGGCGGGGGGGGGGGGGUGGAGGAGUUCUACAUCAACUGGCUGGUGACCACCGAGGGCUUCACCACUCGCCUCUCGACUGCGCUGAAGAAGAAGGUCGGUUUGAAGUCCGAGGUGCUGGGCUGCAACAUCCAGUCCGCGCGCGGGCUGCAGCGGCGCGUUUACGGCUCCUAUAAGUUGAACGCAGGGGGUGGCUACAUCAAAUCAAUCGAGUUCUGCAGCGGCGGCAAGGUCGACGUCUCCGAGAAGAAGAUCAGCGACGGGUGCGACCUCAUCCAGAACUGGAGCCACUGGCGGGCAUCGCGAGAACAGAUCCCGCCCCCGCCCUCGAGGAUGGCGCGCAGCGGGCGGGGCUGCCUCGCGCGGAACGAAAGCCAGCGGAAGGUCUGCAGCGUCGCGGUGGGCGCGGCGAAGCACGGUGCUCCCUCCGCCGCGUUCGGCGCGCCAGGGUUCGGCGCGUCCCUCGCGAUCGAGCUGCGCUGCUUCGCCAGGAAACGACAGUGCCAGCAGCGGCUGCACUGGGCGCGCAGGGACGUCAACACCUCGUGUGCGAGUACUUUGGGCCGCGGCCUGCUCCGACGCCCAGUGGCCUCAGUGUCGUCGCCGUCGGGGUGCGCGAUGGGAGCGUGGACGUCGCGCCAUUGCUCGACGCUGGCGCCCGUAGGGGUAGCCCCCACGGCCCGCGUGGUUGCCAGACUGCUGAAGGAGAUGUGCCCACGCGGCGUCAAGGCCCGCGUCGAACACUUCCUCGGGGCGGCGAUGCAGGCGCCGAAGCUGCAGGCCAUUUCCGCCCGGGCGCCGGCGGCGAUAUCUCUCCGCCUUGAGGCCGGGGCCCCAGAGGCGCGCGAGAGCGCCCCCGCCGCGCUCGCCGACGACCGCCAGGCGAGGCGGCGCGACGCCUUCGACGCCGCGGGCGGCGCGGAGGCGGUCAACCAGUUGGCCGCGCGCGUCGGGAAUUGCAGGUGCGCAUCUGCCAAUCAGGCAGAGUGGUUUCUCAGCGCGGACGAGGGCAUGGCGCGCGCGAUGCCCGUGCAGAACGUCGAGGUUGUCGGUGCCAAGGGGAAGGCGAACCGCGCCGAGUCGGGCCCCUCCGAGACCCAGAGCCGGAGGCAGUCCACGGAGCUCGGGGGACACUUCUUUUUCAAGUUCGAUGCCCAGUGGAUCGGCCUCUGGCAGCACAGGUCCACAUGGCGGCUCUUGCGCAUAUCAAUGGAAUUUUGCCCGAAUGGGUUUGCUGGCUUCAACGCCUUGGAGCGCUUCUUCGGGCUCAACGUGGACAAGAUGCCUGACCACGCGCACGGCUGCAACAGGGACUUCGACAUGGGAAUCAACCGCAUGGGCCUGGAAGGGUUUGGGAUGAUCACAGCGGUCGUGCGCAAGCAUUCGUUCCACGAGGCCGUUGAUGAGCGCCUAGGCUCCACAACUCCUGAGACGUGCCCCUAG